AUGCGACCAACAACACAUCUCGCCCGGCUGAGCCUAGCCAUGACGCUGGGUUUCCGCGCCGUCGCGGCGUCUUCGCCCGGCAACGACGACGACGAUGACGACACCCCUCUCCCACUCGUCAUCUGGCACGGGCUAGGCGAUGCCUUCAAUGGCGAGGGUCUCCAGCAGGUGGGCGCCCUAGCCGAAGCCGUCAACCCGGGCACGUUCGUGUACGUCAUCUCGCUCGGGGGUGCGGACGCGAACGCCGACCGGUCAGCCACGUUCCUGGGCAACGUGACGGAGCAGGUGGAGACGGUGUGCUCGCUGCUGGGCUCGCACCCGAUCCUGUCGACGGCGCCGGCCAUCGACGCUCUGGGCUUCUCGCAGGGAGGCCAGUUCCUCAGAGGCUACGUGGAGCGGUGCAACGACCCCCCGGUGCGCAGCCUGGUCACGUACGGCAGCCAGCACAACGGCAUCACCGAGUUCCGCUCCUGCGGCGCGACCGACUGGCUGUGCCGCGGCGCCAUGGCCCUCCUCCGCUACAACACGUUCGGGUCCUUCGUCCAGGGCCGCCUCGUGCCCGCCCAGUACUACCGCGACCCGACCUCCCAGGCCGCCUACGACGACUACCUAGCCGGGUCCCACUUCCUCGCCGACAUCAACAACGAGGGCUUGCGCGGAGCCGACCACCGGCGCAACGCCACCUACGCCGCCAACAUGGCCCGUCUGGAGAACUUCGUCAUGUACAAGUUCGACGACGACAGCAUGGUCGUCCCGCCCCUGUCGUCGUGGUUCGCAGAGGUGAACGGCACAGACGUCACGCCCCUCCGCGAGCGUGCCCUGUACAAGGAGGACUGGCUCGGUCUGGCCGCCAUCGAUGCCAAGGGUGGCCUGAGGUUCCGCUCCGUCCCCGGCGAGCACAUGCGCAUCGACGAUAAGUCGCUCAACGAGACUUUCUCCAGCUUUUUUGGUCCCUUUGGGCGCUCUUUUGAGCCCGAGAAGCCUGUCGCUUUCCAGGAUGAGCUGUGA